AUGGCUUCAUCAUACUAUGCCACACCUCAGCCUCCCUCUGAGGAAGGAGAGAAGCCGAUAACGGUUCUCGUCACUGGUUUCGGUCCAUUUUUAUCGAGAUUCCCGAGAAACACCUCUUGGGAAAUUGCCUCUACACUCCCGAGCAUCAUUCCCGUCUCUCCAGACAACAAAACACCAAUCCACAUACACGUACAUCAUGAACCCAUCCGUGUAGCCUACGAUACCGUUUUCAAACUUGUACCCAAGCUGCUACCACCUGGCAAUUCCAUGUACCCCGUUCCAGAAAUCAUCCUACACAUUGGCCUCGCAGCAGCACGAAACUACUUUGCAAUUGAACAAGGUGCCAACGGCCGUGGAUACGGACGAAUUCCCGACGUAGAUCGUCAGCGCUUUGACGACUCAACCGCCGAACAGCACUUUCCUUCGUCAAAGUAUCCGUAUCGGUUAUCAACCAGCUUCGACACAGCCGACGUGCUUGCGUGCUGGACGGCGAAUCUAGGCCAUGAAUCCGUUAAUGGUGUGGCGGCCGAUAAAGCAUGCUCUGAUGUACGAAUCAGUACCGAUCCUGGAAAUUUUCUAUGUGGCUUCAUUUACUACAACAGUCUAGCGCACUACUUUGGUAUCAAGGAAGACGAGAAGCCAGUCAUUUUCCUGCACGUGCCAGAUCUGACUAGCAGCGAGGAGAAGAUGAAAGAAGGGUGGGAAGUCACUGUUGCUCUGAUCAAAGCACUCGUCGAAAGUCGGCGAAAAGCUGGUGGAAAGGUUGUGGAUGGCGAGAAGCUGAAUGGAGAGCACACGGCCGAAACAGUGGGUAUACAAACAGACAACAAUUUUGCAUAG